GACCAAAAUACAACAUAAGGCAGUCACAUACAGGGGACACAUCACUAGCUUGUCUCUCAUCCUUCACAAUGGUGUCCUGCGUCUUGUGUCUGGGGCUGAUCCUCCUGCACAUCUCUGGGACUGUGGAUGCAAAACCGCACUAUGUGAUCACAGUUCCUGCACAGUUAGUGCAGGGAUCGCAGCAGAAAGCCUGCGUGACCUUCCUUGAUCUGGAUGAAGUGAUUGACGUUAGACUGGAACUACAGAAAGAUGAAAAAGUCCAGGUUGUUGCUGAGCAUAAAAUAGACACCCCUGAAUAUUACCAAUGUUUCUCUUUCAAGGUUCCUAUGGUGGUAGAAGGAGAUUGGUCAGUCUGGUUGUUCCGUGUAUCUGCACAUGGAAAAAAUAUAAAUGUCAAUGAGAUCAAAACGAUAAUAAUCUAUAAAGCAUAUGAAGUGUGCCUCGUCCAGACGGAUAAAGCUACAUACAAGCCGGGUGAUACAGUGAAAUUUUGGCUUAUUACUGUGGACUACCAAUUCCAUGCAGCAAAGAGAAAGUAUGCGACGGUUGAGCUAAAGGACCCAAAUGGUAGCCGUAUUGGACAGUGGCUGAAUGUGUCUUCUAAUCAUGGUUUUGCUGAUUUUAGUUUUCCUUUGGCAAAUGAACUAUCUCUCGGAGCAUAUAAAAUUACAUCACCUGAUGGAUGUGAAAGAGAAUUUACUGUCUCUGAAUAUGUGCUGAAAAGAUUUCAGUUACAAAUCAAUUUACCACCCAAUGUAACUUGGGCAGAUAAAUCCUUUCACCUGGAAUCCUGUGGCAGUUACACCUAUGGAAAGCCAGUAAAGGGCUCCGGCAAUCUUACAAUCUGUCCUAGAGCAAUUGCUGACAUCUGGUUAUUGGGGCUUCAAUACAUUGGCAACACUGAAUAUGAUAAUGAAAAUUGCCUACAAAUAAAUGAUGUGAAGACUGAUAGCAAAGGAUGUCUAUCCAGGGAGAUCAACCUUCGUGUUUUCAAUUUAUCAAGCUCAACUCGCAAACACUUUUUAACCAUUUCAUCUUCACUGACAGAAGACGGCACAGGUCACAUUGAGAAAGCAUCAAAUAACCUCAUGCUCAGGAAUUACAGGGAAAUAGUAUAUGUGGAUACUGGAAACUUUUACUAUAGAGGUAUUCCAUUCAAAGGCAAGCUGCGUGUUGUUGAUGAGAAAAAUCAGCCCAUGGCUAAUGAAUAUCUAACAGUACAUGUACAGGAAAAUGAGGAUAAGAUCCCAAAUCUGGUGACCGACAAAAAUGGAUUUGUUAAUUUUACACUCAACACCUCUACAUGGGAUGGAUAUAUAACAUUAGCGGUAACAUUUGUAUUAGUCAACGGUGAUGAUGUCUAUAGAAAAGGACAGAACGAAAAAUGGCUUGUCCCCUUUUUCUCUGAGAGUAACAGCUUUCUGAAUGUAGAACAACUUUCAGACUAUGUGUACUGUGACUCUGACGUGUCAAUGAAUGUGCUGUAUGACAUCAAAAGGAGCAGCCUGGAUCCUAAUUCUGAUCAUCUCACUUUCUUCUACUAUCUGCUGUCUAAAAGUUCAAUCACUUCUUACAAAAAAUAUAAAUUAAAUCUUAAAGAGCAAGCAAAUAGCCCAACACUACAUGGGUCAUUCCCUAUAAGGAUCCAUGUAGAUUCUGAUGUUUUCCCUUUGGUACAUAUCUUUGUUUUCACUAUAUUGCCCAAAGGAGAGACUAUUGCAGGGAGAGCAAUAUACAGAGUUUCAAGUUGUUCCAAGAACAAGGUGCAACUCAGUUUCUCAGAAGCUCAGGUCCGUCCUGGAGAAAAUGUGAAUCUUAAGGUUACAGCUGAGUCUGGAUCCUGGUGCUCCGUGAGAUCUGUGGAUAAAGGUUUUUUACUUCACAAACCUCAUGAGGCCUCAUUACCAACAGAUUUUACAAGGAGAUUAUCAGAUGCAUUUACUUCCGGUCAAGAUAGGUUUCCAGCUGUAAUACGGGACCCGGUACAGCACCAAUGCCAAGAAAAUGAGACUGUUGUAGAGGAAAAUAAUUUCCUGGCUGAGGCUUCUACUUUGUUUGAGGCACAUAAUCUAAAAGUGUUUACCAACACUCGGCUAAAGAGACCAGUGAGAUGUGCUGCAGCUAAAAUCGGUGCCCGCUCUUCAAAGAGAAAUAAACAACGUAAAACUGAAGGUGAAGAGGUGAACAAGCGUCUCGCAAGAACAUACUUCCCAGACACCUGGUUAUUUGACUUAGUUUCUGUGGGCCCUACAGGACAAGCAGUACUGAACCUGACUACCCCAGACAGUAUCACUAAGUGGGAAACUGAUGCAUUUUGUUUCGGGAAGUCUGGAUUUAGUGAGAUAAAGGAUGUUGGGCUCACCACCUUCAAACCUCACUUCAUUGACCUGAUAGUACCCUACUCUGUGGUACAAGGAGAGAAAUUUACAAUCCAAGCCCUGGUCUUUAGCUACGUGCAGAACUGUAGUCUGGUGGUGGCUACACUGUCUGAUUCAAAGGAUUUCACAACAGUCCACAGCAAGGAGCAGGCCAGAUGUGUCUGUGAAGGCCACUCGACCCACUUUACCUGGGAUGCCAUAGUCUUAAAACUAAAGAAGUUAAAGAUCCAUGUGAGCAUUGGUUCUCUGCAUGUGGAUGGGGAAUGCACUGCAGAUCCGCUUUUGUUGGGAGAGGAUCACAGAGAAGACUCUAUUGAAAAAAACGUUGUGGUCAAGCCUAGAGGAUACGAAGAGCAAAAGACAGAAACCUAUAUCAUAUACCCAGCAAAUAACAGUGAGAAAAUCCAAGUUUCUUUCCAAGUUCCAGACAGAAUGGUGCCAGGCUCGGAACGUGCCCACAUCAUUGUACUGGGUGAUCUCAUGGCCAAUUUUAUCAUUAAUUUGGACGAUAUGCUUCAUAUGCCAGAAGGGUGCGGGGAGCAGAACACAGCAAAGAUUCUAAGAAAUGUUUACUCACUGCAGUACUUACAGAGUACCAAAGAACUAACACCCCAAACCCAAAAAAAGAUUGUGGAAUCCUUAAUUCAAGGUUACCAAAAACUACUGACAUUUAAAAAUGAAGACAACACUUAUGGAUUGUUUCCAGGCGCUGAAUCAAAUUUCUGGCUCACAGCCUUAGUAAUAAAGGCUUUCAGCAGUGCUCAGGACUUUAUCUACAUAGAUGGUAUUCAUGUUCAGCAUGCUGUGACAUGGUUCAACAAACGACAGUUACCCAAUGGCUGUUUUGGAGGAGAAGAGUAUUACUUUAACAAUGAGUUACAGAAAGAUAAAGUGACGCGAGCUGCCUACGUGCUCAUCUCACUGCUGGAGCAUCCCCAGGCCUACAGCGGAAGCAUUGUGGAGAAUACAUUGAAGUGUUUGAGGAAUGGAGCACACAGCGUCACAUCUCCCUAUACCCAAGCUCUCCUGGCCUAUGCCUUCACUCUGUCAGGAGACGGUGACCUAAGGCUGGAGACACUAAAGGCUUUGGAGAAGGCUGCUAUUAAGAAAGAUGGAUUUAAGCAUUGGCAAGGAAACGUGAAUUAUCAUGAAGGCAUUGAGACAACAUCCUAUGCUAUUAUGGCUUUGCUUUCUAAAAAAACAGUAACCCAGAGAGAUCUUGAGGAGAGCGCAGAUAUCGUCCGUUGGCUUUUGACAAAACAAUCACCAUGGGGAGGAUUCGGCUCCUCUCAGGACACUACAGUAGCUCUUCAAGCUCUGGCUAAAUAUGCCCAGGCCAUGCACCAUAAGAAGGGAGAUGCAACAGUGACAAUUGAGUCAAAGUCAGGGUUUCAUAAAGAGAUUCAUGUAGAUAAAAGUAACAGCCUUCUCCUACAAACAGUAGACCUGCCAGAGUUCCCUGGAGAAUACACAGUGACUGUCACAGGAAAUGGAUAUGUCUAUGUACAAUCACACCUGCAUUACAGCAGUCUUCCUUUCAAAUCUGAUGCCCACUUUGUCCUCAGUGUAAACACAGUUCCAGCCAUCUGCACCCAUGGGGGACAAACACAUUUUGAGGUCCAUGUGGAUGUCCGAUACUCAGGAAGACGUAAUGAGACCAACAUGGCGGUGAUUAUGGUGGAGUUUCUGUCUGGAUUUCACUUUGAUGAGACAAGUGUAAAUAAGCUGAAGAAGAAUCCUACAGUAGAUAGAACAGAGGUCUCAGCGGAUAAAGUCACCAUUUACUUGACCAAGCUCACUCAUGUAACAGAGAGAUUUGCUUUUGGCAUGGCAAAAGAAACACAUGUGGAAAAUCUGCAGCCCGCAAAUGUCAUAGUUUAUGAUUAUUAUGUUCCAGAUGAGAACGCUGUUGCAGAGUAUAAUUCUCCUUGCAGUGCAGGAUUUGAAAAAGAGGUAUCCCACUAAUCCGUAGCUGAAAAUAUCACAAGGUGUCCUCAAUGCCACAGAAUACAUGUAGUCUACAGUAUAUGCAAAUACUGCAGACGAGAAGAAAUCGCAUCCUUAACACAGGCUAAUUCAUUGUUUUUUUAAACAUUCAAUAAACAAUUUACAACUUA